CACAGGUGCUUUGCAGAAUUGCAGACGGAACUGAAUCCGGUCAUGGAACGAACAAGGAGCAAUGCCAGGUGUUGCAAUAGCUACAUAUCGACGGAGUAUGCGUUGCCCCCUUCUCCUCGUUGCUGCGUCACCUUGAUCCUGGGAUCUCUGCUGCGUCCCCCAUCGACCAGGUGAUCACAAACAUCCUUCAGAAUGGGUCGCACCACCGCGGGUUCGCCCAAGGCUCGGCGAUUCUGCACUGAUGGACGGAACCUGCAGCGAAUAAGGAGCUACGCGAUUGAAAAAGCCAAUGAUUCUCGCUGAUUCUGCGAUUAAUUUCUUGGGCUGGUUUUGCUUUUGGCAGCAAGAGAAAGCAGCGGGUUGGCCAGUUUGGCGUCAUGCACGACGUACCUUGUCAGAAAUCAUGGUCCAGGGCCGACACCCAACUUUGAAGCGCGCUCCCCGGUUAUGGGAAAGAGAACAAAGAAUACGAAAAGCGUUUCUCAAAAGCUCCCAAGUCUCGAACCAGCUCAACCGUCAAGGGACAGGAAUGACCAAGCGCAGCGCGCCGCCCGGCUCCUUGGCAUUUCUGACCCGCGGGAGUUUUCGGGGGAGAAACAACGCUAAGUUGAGCUGCAAGAAACCGCCUGGCUUUUGAUCAGCACCAAGGCAAAGAAGCGGUGAGCGAAACUCAGCUGGCCAGUGGAAACCCAAAAUGAUCGGCCUGGAUGGGAAUCAUUGAGCAUCAAGAAGCUCUUUCGAAAAAAGAUGAUCGACGCACUGUGUGUCCACGCUCGCGGGAAGAAACUCUGAUUCUUACUCCAAACAGAGGAUUGACGACAGUGAUGAUGAGGGUUGUGGGAAAAAAGGUUUUCGAUAAAACCUAUGCUUGAUUUCAAAGGGGACAGAUCUUUUCCAAGCAGAAAACAAUAGGAAACAAAAUUUGGCAGUGGGGUCAAGCUCCCAAAGUAGCACUCCAAAUUCGAAGCCUUUUGGACGUGCGAGAAGUCGCUGGGGAGACUAUUGAAGAUCUGGUUUGGGGAAUACGGAGCUGCACCGCGUCGCUCGUAACUUUCAUCUUGGUGGAGACUGGCUAACGCUGCCAUGUGUUUGCUCCAUCUUUUCAUUUCCAGAAUCGCCAUGCACGAAAUGCGUGUUUCCUGUCCCUCCUCUUCCGUCCAAUGCAAGCCAUUCAGCCGCUUCGAACGGCUGAUUUGAGGGAGUGGAGCUGGCUGAAUGCCAGACUACGACGGUCCACGCGAGGAAUGGCCACGUUAGUUACUAAUAAGAAGGAAGCGGCGCGGAUGCUCAAUUGAAAUAAGUUGGGGAGAUGGCUUGAUGAUGGGCAAAGACUAGUAUGCAAAUCUCCGUUACUAGUGAGUGGCUGGAUGUUAUGAACUGAAACAUUCUUCUCGAAGCGUUUCUUCCCAUGGAAUCUUUACGUUCUCCGAUUUCUGGUUCCUCACCCGCCCGGAGCACUGAGUUCUCCAUUCUUGCGGAUAAGUCGGGACGAACUAAUUCGAUAAACGCCGGUGAUGGCAACUUAUACGAGGGAGUGUGAAGGCGUGCUGCGAGGGGUGGGCUUCUCGCUGAUCUCUGCUUGUGAAAGCAGAGCCGUACAUUUGGAUCGCUUUAUCUUUGCGCGCAGGAAUCACAGUGAUAAUAAUAAGAGGGCCACUAUUGCCUUUCGGAGGCUUUCUUCAGAUCUCCUGCUGCGACUCACCAGAUCUUCUCCAUAUUUUUAUGUAUAAUAUUGCAAUUAUGCACCUUUCGAGGCAAGGGCAUAUCUCCAUCAAGCACAAAUGAUCUUCAUUGUGCAGACGCUUGAAAAUGUCUAUCGUGACUUCUUUUAUAA